AAUAUGCUACAUAAUUUGUAUUAGUGACUAGUUCUAUUCGCGUACUGCCAAUAUAUAGUCACGAUCUUUGUCUUAAUAACAUGGUAUAUAACAGUUCCGCAAUGAAAUAUUAUUUAGUAUUCCUUUGUGCGUGGUCGUCAUUGCUGUCUAUGUCCACUGAACAAAUACUUAACAUUGAAGAGCCAGCCAGUUAUGCCCCGCAAACAGUGCCACUAAGUAAUGCAAAAGUUGCAAGAAAUAUUCUGGGAUACGAUAAUUUUCGUAGAUUGCCAAUAAAUCUGAAGAAUAGACAGAUGCGUUACCCUUGGCUAUAACAAUGCACACUCGGUAUUUUGCAUAAUUAGGAAUUACUUUAUUGUUGGUAGUGUUUAAGAUUUAAUCAAAAAUGAGCCUCAAAUCCGAAAAAGACAAAACGAAGCAGUUAAACGAAAAAUGCCAGUCUGUGUUAAAUGCGUUAUUAAGGGACGAAGAUAAUAAAUAUUGUGUCGACUGCGAUUCCAAAGGACCAAGAUGGGCUUCAUGGAACAUAGGCGUUUUUCUCUGCAUUCGUUGUGCUGGUAUUCACAGAAAUCUUGGGGUGCAUAUUUCAAAGGUAAAGUCAGUCAAUUUAGAUGCCUGGACACCUGAGCAAGUUGUUUCUUUGCAACAAAUGGGAAAUUCCCGAGCCAGAGCAGUUUAUGAAGCAAAUUUGCCAGAUAAUUUUAGAAGACCUCAGAGUGAUUUAAAUCUUGAGUCGUUCAUUCGUGCCAAAUAUGAGCACAAAAAGUACAUAGCCCGGGAGUGGGUGCAGCCACCAUUGCCUAAAGUAAAUUGGGAGAAAGAAAUCGAAGAGGAAAUGGAGAAACAAAAAAGAAAAAAGAAAACUAUGUUAGAGAAGAAACCACUGGCUAAUGUUGAGGUGCCUCAAUUGCCAAAACCUACAAAUCCCAGUCCCAAACCUGCAAGGUCUAUUAGUAGUACCCCUGAAGUGAAAGAGAAGAAAAAUAAUAACGACCUGCUAGGAAUACAGAAUGGUGAAGAUUCUUUUAGUGGAUUUAUUUCAGCUAGUACCACAAACAAUCUUACUGAAGAUCCCAAAAAGGAUGAUGGUGUUGGCAGUAAAAGUGAGGAGGAAAGUUUUUUCAAUCAACCUAUGCCCGCUGAAAAGGAAAAAGUUAAAUUAGACAAGGAUAGUAUUUUGGCCCUAUAUGGAAGUGCUCCAACAAUCCAGCAAUCAAGUUUUGCUCAGUUCUCCAAUAUGGUCCCGCAAAUACCUUAUGCUCAAACUGCUCCUAGCAGCUUUUCAGUUCCACAGAAUUUCCAAGGAUAUUCUGUAUUCCCUCAGGGACAGCAGCCUCUGGCAUUUGCUGGGCAAAAUGGUGUGCCAUCCAAUCAAAGUCAAUUUGGCACAAACCAAUGGGUCACGGGCACCCAGCAAUGGAAUAAACCAGCUGCCCAAUUUCCGGCACCAAAUCAGGUGCAAAUGUUACCCAAUCAGUUUCCGGUUAACCAUUUGCAAAAUGGUCAGUCAUCAACCCAGUUUCCUACUGCUUUUCCAGUUACUAAUACACAAGUUUCAAUGGCACAAAACCAGUUUGCCCAGCCACAAUUUCCACAGGCAAGCGGUAACUCUGCUUCAUUUGGUCAAAUUUCAAACUCCUUUGGUAGCCAAACUUCAGGUUUGCCACAACAGUUCAGUAAUUUAUCCUUAAAUAAUACGGCAACAGCCAAUAUGGCUCCUACCUUAGCAACAAAUAUAUGGCAGUAGCAAUGUUGUAUCAAAUGUUUUAUGUAAUUUUUGUAUUUUAUUUGGUGGUGCACAAGAAAGACAUCUCUUUACAAAGUUUCAAGCUGUAGGAAUAUCUUUCUGUAUAGAAUAUGAUGACAAAUAAACUUUAGAUAUGGGAACAUAACCUUGCAUACCAUUUUCGAUAUUGACAUUAAAAUGAUUGAACAACAGGUGAAUUGCUAUUUGAUCACCAAUUAGAAGAACAACUAGUUUGUGUUCAUAUACCUAUAAAGGCGACAUAAAAACUAGAUAAGGUGCUAGUUUAUUGCACUCAUUUUUCACUUGUACUAUAAAUUCGAUCUGAUCAUUUUGACAAAAAAUCUUUCCAUGCUUCUCACUUUAUUAUCUGUGUCUAUUUUCCCAUAGUUGUAAAUGUGAGAGGAGUUCUCUUGUGCAUUGUCAGUGUAUUAGAAAUAUUAUAUUAUAAAUUGAGAUUAAUAUCUUGCGGUAAAUCGAGAAACAUCUUGCCAGUGAUGUGAAAUUAUUUGAAUGAAUUAUAGUUCAGUGCGUUUUUUUUAUACAAAAAGGAAAAAAAAAAAGAAAAAGGAAAAUAAAAAGUUUUAGACUAUACACAUCAUGCCACUACAUUCAAUUUAGUUAAUGAUUUGUACAAGACUUUAAAAAAUUUGCCUUUUUCUUUUAAACUUGAGAUUUUAUAUUUUUAUUUUCCUAUUGUAAACACAAAUAAUACUUUCUAAAGUACUGAAGACUAGUACAGUUGUUGGUGAGCCAGAACUGUGAAUAAUUAGAAAAAGCAAAGUUGUACUCAGAUGGUAUAGAACAAUAGGCUGGAGUACUAAAUCUUGAUUUUUGAUGUUAUUAAUCGAUUUUUGCUGAAAAAGUACAAUACAUAUUCCAUAAAAUGUGAUUUUCAAAUGCGUUUGUUUCAUUUUAAGUUGCAAUAUUUGGUUUCUUCUGAUAUUCAUUGUUCCUUUAAAGUAGAUAUUUCAUAAAUUGUGGGCUGGAGAUGGUUCCAUUUUCUUUUUUAAAAAAGUGCAAUUGAAUGGAACAAAAAAGGUAACUAUUGCCGAAGAAACCAUUUUCCUACUAUUAAAAGGUGCAAAUGCUUAAUCCUUAAUCGUGUAACGAAUUUUUAUUAUACAUGUAUUAGUAGUGAAUCAUUUAAGAGUAUUAUUUAUUUAGG